ACCUUCUGAUUCAAGAUCGUUCCCUUCACUUUUUCCGUUGCGUGCUACUCUAAAAGCACAAUCUCACCUCCCGUUUUUUGCACGAUUUUUUUUUGCAAUUCGGUGGUUUAAUUUCGAUUCUUCACUUCCCAAGAUAUAUUGAGCUCCCUUCAAUUUAUCUUCAUAAGGGCAUCGGAAAGGAAAUUCGGUGUCUUUUUUCUAUUUGUCGGUGAACAUGUUGUGCUGUGGAUUACUGUGCGUGAAAUAGUUAUCUGGUGCAUUUACCCUGAAAUUCCCACGGUUCCAGUCGGUCAGCGAUAUGUCGACUGAUUAUAAAAUAGAUAUUGGUCGUCAUGGCUUCAAAGAAGAACCAGAGUUGAGCAUCUUACCUUCAAAACUGUUACUAGAUGAAGACGCUGAUGCAGUGCAUGAAAAUCUUAACGGAAUUCGUGAGCAAGAAAAGAUUUCAAUCAACAACUAUUCAACGAAUGCAGACCGCAGAGCUUCAAAUGACAGGUUUCUGAAGGCAAAUAAAGCUACGCUUGGUUACAACGUCAGCCACGUUGGAGGGGAGGAAGGGCGACUGCAUAGACCAACAAAGAAGUCUGGGCCUCUUCUCUCUGGAACAGCUUACUGUGUUUCUUCUUGCAGCAUGAUAAUGUUGAACAAAAUCGUUUUGUCAAGUUAUAAUUUCAACGCAGGAAUAUCUUUAAUGUUUUACCAGAAUUUAAUAAGCACAUUGGUUGUUGUUCUUCUGGGUUUCUUUGGCACAGUUUCUGUUGAAAAGCUCAACUGGAAGCUGGUCAGGGUCUGGAUCCCUGUCAAUGUGAUAUUUAUUGGCAUGCUUGUGUCUGGCAUGUAUAGUUUGAAAAACAUCAAUAUUGCGAUGGUGACAAUUCUCAAGAAUGUGACAAAUAUUAUAACAGCAAUUGGAGAGUUAUAUAUGUUCCGGAAAGGUCAAAAUCCAAAAGUGUGGACUGCCAUGUUUUUGAUGAUUAUCUCUGCUAUCAGUGGCGGCAUUACGGACCUAUCAUUUGAUGCAGCCGGUUAUGCCUGGCAGAUUAUCAAUUGUAUUCUUACCGCAAGUUACUCUCUUACCCUGAGGUGGGUUAUGGAUGAAGCAAAAAAGUCAACUAAAUCUGGAUCUCUCAAUGAAGUUUCUAUGGUGUUGCUGAACAAUUUACUGUCUUUACCUUUUGCCAUCAUCUUGAUUUUCCUUUUCGGCGAGUGGGAUUAUAUAAUUCAUGUGGAUGUAGUUAAACUGCCAAUAUUUUGGGUUGUUGCAACGGCUAGUGGAAUACUAGGACUUUCCAUCAGCUUUACUUCCAUGUGGUUCUUACAUCAAACUGGUCCUACAACAUAUAGUUUGGUGGGUUCCCUGAACAAGAUUCCGAUCUCCAUUGCUGGCAUUUUAGCAUUCAAAGUUCCCCUCAGCAUAUCGAAUUUAUUCAGCAUUUUGUUUGGUCUCUUUGCUGGGGUAUUCUUUGCCAGAGCUAAAAUGUCUCGAUAAUCAAUACAUUCAUAUUGUUGUAUAGUUUUUGUCCAUGCUCUCAAGUUCAUGUUAAUCGUUAAUGGAGGGUAUUUUGUUUCAGACCAAGUCUAAAGAUACCAUAAUCUUAUCAUUAUUUUUUUUAAAAAAAAAAAGUGCAAGAGAACUUAUCUUCAUGGUGUUUCAAGCUUUUCCUCGCUCAGAGGAAACAGGAAAGGCUGUUCCUGACGGGGAAUAUCGACAUAUUCUCCUAAGCAUUUAUGUUGUUAUGUUUGUAUGAGCUGCAUACAGAUUGGAAACAAGAACGAAAAUCCUCAAUGCAUAUCUGUCACGUUCUUAUUGGGGCAUGUAUUAUUAAUUUUAUUAAAUAAAGGAGUCCUGCUUAUCAGCUUGUGUG